AAGACCACUUUGAAUUCCCCAAAACUUAAAAAAGCAAUAAGCAAACAAAGCCAAGAAAAGCAGAGAGAACAGACUUUGAUUUAAAGCUUUUUCAAAGAGUAAAACAUGUCUGCAAACGAGUUACCUGCUUCAGCUCAAUCCUUGCAAGAACAAUUCCUUGGCAGUUUUGUCACUAGAAAGCUUCUUCUGCACGACCCAUUUGACCACAACUCUCUUCGAGUAUUUGCGGUUGCACCAUCUCCUCUCAUAACACAUGAGAACAACCUCAAAGGGAAUGUUCUGAUGCUUCUCUCAGUUCUCAUCUGUGGCAUCAUCUGUUGCCUUGGGUUACAUUACAUCAUUCGCUGUGCAUUCAGACGUUCUUCACGUUUCAUGAUCUCUGAGCCUAUAUCCAGUCUUUCAACACCACGAAGUUCAUCAAACAAAGGAAUCAAGAAGAAAGCUCUGAGGAUGUUCCCAGUCGUGAGUUACUCACGUGAGAUGAACUUGCCCGGGAUUGGUGAAGAGUGUGUCAUUUGUUUGUCGGAUUUUGUUUCUGGUGAACAGCUCAGGCUGCUCCCCAAGUGCAAUCAUGGGUUCCAUGUUCGUUGCAUAGACAAGUGGCUUCAACAUCAUUUGACAUGUCCGAAAUGCAGACACUGUCUGGUUGAGACAUGUCAAAAGAUAUUAGGUGACUUCAGUCAAGCUGAUUCAAUGGCAUCAACACCAACAGAGAGCGUAAUUGUCAGGAUUGAUCCUCUAGAACCUGAAGGAAGAGUAAACACUUUUAGAGAAAGCAGCUAGAUGCAAGAAAAGCAGAAACCAACAUCAAUCUAGAAUCUGUCAGCAGUUAGAUAGAAGAUUUUAGAUUCUAAGCCAUAGAAAGGUAGAUACUUC